GAAAAGAAACCUUCAAAGGCAUCGAAUUAAUGGAAAUGCAAUAUUUUCCAAGCAAAUGUUUCCUCGAAUAACGGAGGUUGCAUUCGUUAUGCAAAUCAGUUGGAGGAAAGAAAUCGUAAGGCAAAGGGUUGCAGUUAAACAUCGUAGGAGUAAUUAGGUAGCAGAAGAGGGUGUAGGGGAAAAGAUCGGAACAGUAGAUUGUUAGGAAGGAAGCGUUUAAAUCCCGGAAUGCAUUCCGUCGUGAAAAUCGUAGAUUCUAAUCGGAGGGGAUCUUGUUCGCCGGCUAAUUGAAAAGCAGCUACCGUUGCGGUAAACGAACGUUUAUUUGCCCGAACAGCACCCAAGCUUGUUCGAUAAAUUAAGGGAAUCUUUGUUCGCUGUCGCAUUUUAUUAAGAGAAUCGCGCACAGUCACCCGAUGAUUUAUCGUCCCGAAAACUGAGGCGGAGAAGAUUAAAUCGCAAACGUAGACGCGAAUACUCCUCCACUUCUGUUCGUUUCGCUCUAUACACACUCGUUUCCUUUGCCUCGAAACUACUUGAAAACACGGAACUAUUAAAUCGUGAAAUAUUAAACGACCAACAGAGUGAAACGACAGACGUUUCGUUAUUUUCAUGGCGAUUGGUCCUCUUCAUCCGUGGGAAAAAUGAUGAAACGGAAAUUUCAGAUCGCGACCCUCUACCUCCUGCUGCUGUCCAUCUGUAUGUCCGUCGCCGGUCACAAGCACUCAAGGCGGCAUCGAGACUUUACUGUGGCCGAAAAUCAUGACUCCGCUUCAUUGUCCAGGAGUGACAGCCACUCGAUGACGGUGUCGCCGUUGAUCGAGCGAUCGUCGCUUCCGGAAGAAGCGUACCUUCCUGAAACUCCCACGGUUGAUCCUUGCGUGAAGAAAUAUUGCGGCGUCGGCAGAGAAUGCGAGCAAUCGGCGAACAAUACCGUGGCCACGUGUGUCUGCACGCGAAAAUGCCCGCGAAGGCAUCGACCGGUUUGCGCGAGCAACGGAAAGAUUUAUGCCAAUCACUGCGAGCUGCAUAGAGCCGCCUGCCACGCUGGAUCAUCGUUGACCCGAAGCAGACUGAUGAGAUGCCUACAUCAUGACAUCGAGAAUGCACACGUUCGUAGAACUUUACACGUGGAGGGAACAUCCUCCAAGACAGGGAAGACGAUUACCUAUCCUAGAUUUAGAAACCGGAAGAAGACAAAUUUAAGGGAUAACUUGAUACCAGAGAAAAAUAAUUCUGAUACGAAAGAGUGCUCGAAUCAGGAAUACGAAAUAAUGAAGGAUAAUUUGUUACUUUACAAUCAUGCAAGACUGAUGGCCCAGGACAACCAUAGUAAAGAAUACCUCGUCAGUAUAAUGUUCUCUCACUACGAUCAAAAUAACAAUGGGAAUCUGGAACGCGAAGAAUUGGAACAGAUAGCAGAGAACGAAGAUUUAGAAGAAUUGUGCAAGGGAUGUAAUUUAGGUCACAUGAUCAAUUACGACGAUACCGAUGGUGAUGGGAAACUGAAUGUGAAUGAAUUUUAUAUGGCGUUCAGCAAACUUUACAGUGUCUCGGUCGUGUCCCUCGAUAAAUCUCUGGAGGUGAAUCACAUUUCUGCGAGGGUGGGCGAUAACGUUGAAAUCAAGUGCGAUGUCACCGGUACACCACCACCGCCAUUAGUGUGGCGACGCAACGAGGCCGAUUUGGAGAUCUUAAACGAGCCCGAGAUAAGAGUGUUCAACGACGGUAGCCUGUACUUGACGAAGGUGCAGCUGAUACACGCCGGAAACUACACCUGCCACGCGGUCAGGAACCAGGAUGUCGUUCAGACGCACGUGUUAACCAUUCACACUGUCCCAGAGGUAAAAGUAACGCCGCAAUUUCAAGCGAAACGCUUGAAAGAAGAAGCUAGUAUAAAGUGUCACGUAACUGGUGAACCUCUUCCACGAGUAGAGUGGUUGAAGAACGAUGAACCAUUGAACCACGAUCAACCAGGCAAAUAUGAUCUAAUUGGAAACGGUACUAAACUGAUGAUUAAGAACGUGGACUAUGCUGAUACAGGAGCAUACAUGUGCCAAGCUAGCAGUAUAGGUGGUGUGACCAGGGACAUCAGCAGUUUGGUUGUCCAGGAUCAACCUACACCGAGUGAGUCAUCUGUAAUGAAUAUUCAGAAAUUUCUGUUAAUAAUAACCACAAUUGUUAUUCGUUUAGCGACUGAGAACGAAGAACGGAGAUUUUUUUCUUUCCACAAAUGGGGCAUUUUAGUCUACGAACCGUCCACUUGUAGACUGCGACACGAGAUUCGGUCUACGGAUGUUAUUCCUGGCACUCAGGAAUACGUAUGCGGGAUUAAGAACGUGCCUUGUUCCUGGGGACGUGCGAUCAACGUUGCGAAUCGGUACGUGUACGUCAGUCAGCCACAAAAGGAUCGUGUACUUGUUAUCAGCGAAACCCAAAUGGUUAUAGUCGAUGUGGUGCCAACAGAUAAAAAUCCUGUCCAACUUUGGUACGUACCUUCCCUGGAUCAAGUGUGGGUGUUAAAUUGGCGAAGCGAAGAAGACACCGGUGUGAAAACGGUGCAAGUGAUCGAGGAUGCAUCUCAAAAGAAGAAGCAUCGAGCCAUUCGACCCGAACCCAUUGACGCACAGUUUGAUAUCAUUCAAAAUAUUUAUAUCCCUGAACCACAAGAUAUUGAUAGUACGUUCAAAUACGGUUACGUGAGUCACACGAAUCAACGGAAUAUGUAUAAACUCGAUCUGAAGAAUAUGAAGUACACCCGCAGUGCUGAUUUAAGUUCUUACGAUUGCGUUCCGGCGAACGUUCAAUUCUCGAUACUUUACGGAUUUGUAAUAAUUGAAUGCCAAGAACCAAUCACUAAUCGACCAACUGGUCAAUUGCUGUUAGAUUACCUCACCGAUACAGUUCUUGUUCACAAACCUAAUCUCUUAGGAAGACCAACAAUUUCACCUGACUCUCGACACCUUGUCACCUUGGACAAACAAGAGACUGGUGUAACUCUUGUUGUGCAAGAAAUAUCAUCUAACGGUUUAAAAUUUGCAUUCGACGUGAAAACUACAUUGAACAUCAGUGAUAUCGCGCUCUAUCCAUCGCAGACCACCCAUGGGUAUGACAUUUACGCGUCAUCGAUUGACAAAGAGGAUAUCCUUUUCCUAGAUCUAUCCACUGGUAAAGUGGAAAUGAUAACGGGAGUAGGCAAAGCUACACCGCCUAACUUAACGAAAUGGGGAAAUCCGAACAGACCAAUCGUCCAGAGCGGUAUAUUUGGUAAAUACAUGGUCAGUCCAUCGAGCGACGCGUUAUUCGUUUUGAAUGGAGAAACACGAACGAUAAACUGCGAAAUCGGGGGCUUAGUGAAUCCUGGAGCAGUGGUAUGGUUCACAGUGUCUUUACAUUGAACGACAGACAUUUUUACAACGAUAAUAAAGAAAUAGCAAAGAACGGGAGACAUAUUUGGUAACGCGUAUGAAUGAUUAUCAUUGUUCGAACGAGAAGAUAGAGAAUAAACCGUAGUUGUCUUUUUUUUUUUUCUAAGUUCGAAGAAAGAAAAGGGUUGAAAGAAAUUUCGGGAAAAAAUAUAUUCUAACACCGAGAACAUACCAUUAUUUGAGGUUAUUCGUUAAAAUCUUUAAAGAUAUUCCGUGUAUCGCUCUUCGACAAUUAUUAAUGGCGUAUUUUUGACACCAUCGAGCGAGUAAACGUUUUCAUUGUUACAUACGAAUAUUUAUCGUAAAACAUUUAUCGAUAAGGUUUUUAAUGUACAUACCAAAGAUAGUCUUUUACAUAUAUAUUUAAUGUACCUAAUCAUUACCCUAUCGGUGGCCUUAGUUUCCUUCAAUUUUGCAUAUCUCUCAGAUCUUUGUACCUGUACAAAGUUCUCUUUCCCGAAUCAAAUUUCUAUGGCUAUAAACGAAAAAAAAAAAAAAAAAA